AUGCAGACCCUGGUGUGGUUCCUGGGUGAUCAGCCCCUGGACAGCGCUUCCUUUGUGGACAUACAACUCCGGGAGUGGGGUCACUUGGCUACAGAAAGGGAUCUGGGCUCUGCUACUGUAUUUCUAACAUCUCUUGCUGCAAAACCAAGCAGCAUCCUCACCCUGAAGGACCUGCCCCUUCUGGACAGAGGCCACCAGCCGACAGGCUGUACCACCAAUUUAAGUGCCUCCUACACCCCUCCAGGACUCAAGGCCAUAGGGGAGCCAGGAAAACAAAAAGCCAGUGGUGAAGGGGCACACGGUUGGGUCACCACAGCCAUCCAGAGUAUCACAGGAAAGGAUCAUCAGAGGGAAGGAAUCAGCGGCAGAAUAAAUUCCAGAAGAGAACUCGCAGACAAAAAACAGGACUUCCAGGUGCGUGUGAGGAUCAUUGAAGGCCGCCAGCUCCAGGGAAACAACAUCAAGCCCGUGGUGAAGGUCUUCAUCGGAGACCACGUGUACAGGACGAGAAUCAAAACGGGGAACAACCCCUAUUUUAAUGAGAUAUUUUUCCAGAACUUCCAUGAGACACCUACUCAGCUCUUUGACGAGACCAUAAACAUACAGGUGCUGAACUCAAGGGCGGUGCGAGCAGAUUCCAUCAUUGGAGUGUUCAAGCUUGAGGUUGGCCGUGUGUAUGACUCUCCUGGUCAUGCUCUCAGCUGGAAAUGGCUCAGCCUUUACCACCCGACUCAUCUGAAUGCUGGCUUGAGAGGCUACUUGAAAGUCAGCCUUUGUGUGCUUGGAGCCGGGGACCAGGCACCGGAGCUGGACAAGCCUGCGGAGAGCGAGGACGUAGAGUCCAACCUUCUCAAGCCAGCAGCGAUGCCCAUAUGCAUGGCCACCUUUCAGCUCCGCAUAUACAGAGCUGAGGAUAUGCCCCAAAUGGAGGACUCUUGCCUGCAUUACUUUAGGUCCAUGUUCCAGAUGCAUGUCGACAAAAGGAUCUGCGCUGACCCUUCUGUGGAAGUUAGUUUUGCAGGGAAAACGCGCUGCACCAGAGUGAUGCCAAGAAAUGCCAACCCGGAGUGGAACCAGGUGCUGUUCUUUCCUGCCCAGUUACCGGCCGUGUGUGAUAAGAUCAAGCUCACCGUGCUGAACGGGGACCGAGCAGGAAAGAGGGACGUCCUUGGGACCACCUACAUCAGCCUGUCCCAGGUGUCCUCCACAGGGGCUGAGAUAGAAGGGGAUUUCUCCGGGUUCCUGCCAUGCUUUGGACCCAGCUUCCUGACCCUCUAUGGGAGCCCCAGGGAAUUCACCAGCCUCCACGACCCAUAUGAGAAACUCAACUCUGGGAGCGAGGAAGGGGUGGCCUAUCGAGGUCGGAUUCUAGUGGAAUUAAACACCAGUAUGGAUAGGACCCCCCAGCAGGAAAUAGAGGAGAUCCCUGCAGAGGCUGUUGCCAAGGUGGAGCGAUACUUGUCACGGCGCAAGUACGGCCUGUGUGCCAUCUUCUAUUCAGCCACCAUGCUGCCCGCUAUCAAGGAGCUGAUCCAGUUUGAGGUCAGCAUCGGGAACUAUGGCAACAAGUUUGACGUGACCUGCAAGCCUUGUGCCUCAACCACCCAGUACAGCCAAGCUGUGUUUGACGGAAACCAUUAUCACUAUCUGCCAUGGUACGACACCAAGCCAAUGGUGGCCAUCACCUCUUUCUGGGAGGACGCUAGCUACUACAUGGACACCCUGAACAUCCUGCACUCCACACGGGACAGGCUGACAUUGAAUCUGGAUGCUCUGAGAUCCGUCCAAACCGCCGAGGAUCCAUCUUUGGGUGACGUCUGGAAGAAGCUGCUGAAAGAGCUGCUGGAGGACUGCAACAGGCCACUGCCCAGUUUGGAAGGUCGGGUGACAGCCACAGGCCUGGAUCAGCAGCUGAGGGACCUGCGUGGUCGGCUCCUCCACCAAGUAGCCAGGUCUGCAGAAAGGCUGAGCGCUGGGACGAACCCAAAGACCCUGAUCCUCAAGGUAGAGGACUGGCUGCAGAGGAUCAACUCCGUCACUCCGGAGCCCCAAGCCGGCAUGCCCGACGUGGUGAUCUGGAUGCUGUGCAAGGAGAAGCGGGUGGCCUAUGCCCGCGUGAAGGCUCACACCAUCAUGUUCUCCAAGGCCGGUCCCUGCGCCUGCGGCAAGCUGUGCGGGAAAACCCACACCCUCUUCCUGAAGAGCCCUCAGCGAGAUGGGAAGGACACCAUCCAGGGCCAGCUGCGCAUGCGAAUGUGGCUGAGUCUGGUGUCCGACAGCCAGGAGUUCAUGAGGCACUGCGAGGGGAAGAUCGGGGUCUAUGCAGAGACGUACGAGAACCAGGUGAAGAUCUUUGGGAAGUGGGGGCCCAAAGGGCUGAUGCAGCACCCCAGCUUCUCAGACAUAACCGGGAAGAUUGGUGUCCCGAGGGACAAGUUCCAGCUGCCCAAGGGCUGGCACUGGGAUGGCGACUGGGCGGUGGAGCCACAGAGGAGGCUGCUGCUGGAUACUGAGACCAACCACAGUGAGGUGCUGGAGGAGGUGUACGAGAACGAAAGUCGGCAGCCAGGGGAAGAGUGGGCCCCAGCCCCUUCUCCCAACACCGAUGCGGGCGGAGCUGCCGUCUCCCCAAAGGAAGGGAUCAUGUGCCCUAAGGGCUGGCACUUCGAGGAAGGCUGGAGGGUGGAGGUGAACCGAGCUGUGGAUGAGUCUGGCUGGGAGUACAGCAUUGGUAUCCCCCCCACCGGAACACCCCAGUCCUGGAAUGCAACAGAGAAGACGUACCACACGCACCGGCGUCGGCGCUGGCUGCGGAGACGCUGUCGGGACCUGAACGCUCAGACCCAGGAGCAGGAAAUCGCCUCCUUUCUCCAGCUGCACUAUACAGGGAAGCCGGCGGAAGAGGACACCUGGGAAUAUGCCUCCUUUUUUGGCUGGAAGUUCCACCUGCAGCCCCGGCCGCAUGACACUUACCGGCGGCGCUGCUGGCGCAGGAAGCUCGUGCCCGUGCAGCCCACCAGGGUGGCUCCCAUUUUCCUCUUGGAGGGCUCCCUGCUGAACACUCCUCUGAUCACCUGUAUCUUCCAGCGUGAUUACUACCAGCUGCACUGCUACAUCUACCAAGCCAGGGAUCUGACACCAAGCGAUGGCAGGAGCUCCUCCGAUCCCUAUGCCCACGUGUCCUUCCUGCACAGAAGCCAGCGCACACAGACCUUGACUGCCACCUUGAGCCCCAGCUGGGACCAGACCCUCAUCUUCGACCAUGUGCUGAUUUACGGAGACCCCCAGGCCACCCGGCAGGACCCGCCACUGGUGGUUUUGGAGUUGUUUGACCGGGAUAUCAUUGACAAGGAUGACUUCCUGGGGAGGAGCAUGUGUUCCCCACUGGUAUGUCUGGAUCUCGGAUCUCGACACGUCCCCCGCCUCCAGUUGUAUCCAAUCACAAAGCAACAGAAGGAAGCGGGCGAGCUCUUAGCUGCCUUUGAGCUCCUAUUGGAUCCCAAGGAUGGUGCACCAGGCCGCCUUCCCACCCCCUCCUGGAAGAACGGGGUCUACGUCAUCCCUAGCGACAUCCGGCCCACGCUGAGACUGAUGGCCAUUGAGAUCCUGGCCUGGGGCCUGCGGGGCCUGCAGAGCUACAACCUGCUGAGUGUCAUGGCACCAAGCCUGGUGGUGGAGUGUGGAGGAGAGGCCAUCCAGACGGCUCCCAUCAGAGACCUCCACGAGAACCCCAACUUCCCAAUCAAUGUCUUCCUCAUGAGAGUGCACCUGCCCAUGGAAGAAGAUUUAAUGCCCCCCAUCGAGCUGAAGGUCAUGGACAACCGGGAGUUUGGGUACAAGCCAGUGGUGGGCCAGGCCAGCGUGAGAUCCCUGCGCCAGUACAUGUGCGAGCCAUCCGCAGAGGGGCACCAUCCCAGCCUGCCACCCCCAGGCUUGACAGAAUCGAUUGUAAUUGAAUUGUGAAAUUCCAAAAAUUAAAGCUUUAUAGCCAAUAAAACACAAAUUGAGGAGGAGGAGUGUGUCGACUGGUGGAGCAAGUUCUAUGCUGCCACGGGGGAUCUGGCAAAGAGCGGCGGCUACCUGCAGACAGGGCUGGACAGCCUAAAGGUCUAUAACUGUGAGUUGGAGGCUGUGCCGGAGUUCCAGGGCCUGCAGGAUUUCUGCCAGACCUUCAGGCUGUACCGUGGGCAGGUGCGGGAGGAGGCCAGUGAAGACCCCCUGGUGGUCGGGGAAUUCAAGGGACUCUUCCAGAUCUACCCACUGCCAGAGGACCCCAGCUCCCCACCACCGCCACGCCAGUUCCAGGAGCUGCCCGAAAGCCAACCCCAGAAGUGUCUGGUCCGGGUUUACAUCGUCCGGGCCUUUAACCUCCCGCCAAAGGAUAGGAAUGGCCUGUGCGACCCCUACGUGCGGCUCACCCUAGGCAAGAAGAAGCUGGGGGACAGAGACCAGUAUCUGCCCAACACCCUGGAACCUGUCUUCGGCAGGGUGUUCGAGCUCCCGUGCACCCUCCCGCUGGAGAAGGACUUGCAGAUCUCGCUCUUUGACUACGACCUCAUCCUCCCUGACCAGAAGAUAGGGGCCACCAGCAUCGACCUGGAGAACCGGCUCCUGUCCCGCUUCCGGGCCAACUGCGGGCUGCCCCAAUCCUACUGCAUUUCCGGCCCCUGUCAGUGGCGAGACCAGCUGCUCCCCACCCAGUUACUGGAGAACUUUGCCAGGAUGAGGAGUCUGGCCCUGCCCGAGUUCAGCGCAGACGGGGGCAAAGCCACUUUCAUGGGCAGGGCCUUCCUGCUGGCGCAGUUCGAGAGCAAGGUCCCUGCGCACAGUCACCUGGGGCCCCCAAGAGAGCGCCUGGCCCUGCACCUGCUCCACACCUGCGGGCUGGUCCCCGAGCACCUGGAGACCAGGACCCUGUACCACAGCAUCCAGCCCGGCAUUGACCAGGGGAAGCUGCAGAUGUGGGUGGACGUUUUCCCAGAGAGUUUUGGCCCCCCAGGCCCUGCAUUCAACAUCACCCCACGGAUGCCCAAACGGUACGAGCUGCGCUGCGUCGUCUGGAACACGCGGGACGUGGAUCUGCGGGACACCAGCAUCACGGGGCAGAGGAUGAGCGACAUCUAUGUGAAAGGGUGGCUGGAUGGCCUGGAGGAGGAAAGGCAGAGAACCGAUGUCCACUACAGGUCCCUGGGAGGAGAGGGCAACUUCAACUGGAGGUUCAUCUUCCCCUUCGAGUUCCUGCCCAUGGAGCAGGUCUGCGUCCUGCCUGAGAAGCAACAUCUCUGGAGUCUGGAUGAGACGGUGCUGAAGGUGCCCCCCAAGCUCAUCCUCCAGGUGUGGGACAACGACAAGUUCUCGGCUGACGAUUUUCUCGGGGUUCUGGAAAUCAAACUGCUCAGCAUGCCCUGCCCAGCCAGGCGCCCCCGGGCCUGCACCCUGAAAAUGCUGCAGGAUGAGAGCGACUCCCCCACCCCACCCCGCUGCCCCAGGAGAACCUCCCUCUUCAAGCAGAGGCUCGCCCGAGGCUGGUGGCCGUGCAUGGUGCAGGAGGAGGGCAGACAGCGGCUGUCGGGCAAGAUUGAGCUGACGCUGGAGCUGCUGACGGACAAGGAGGCAGAAGAGCGGCCUGCUGGGAAGGGAAGGGAGGAGCCAAACAUGAACCCCACCCUGCACCCACCCGUGCGCCCAGAAGCCUCGUUCCUGUGGUUCACGGCCCCCCUCAAGAGCCUGCGCUACAUCCUCUGGCAGCCGCACAAGUGCAAGAUCAUCCUGGGGGUCAUGAUGUUCCUGCUGCUGCUCCUGCUUGCAGCCUUCAUCUACGCCACCCCGCGCUACUUGGCCAUGAAGCUGAUAAACCCCUUCCGCAGUCUCCAUUCCUUCGGGAGCCUCAAUCCUCUGGCGGGGAGCAGCGGGAGCCCGUAG